AUGCAAGGUAACGUGGCAAUGAGCUUCUUCCAACGCCGGUUUCUGAGCCAGCAAAUGCGAGCACAAGUGUUGGCGAGGCGAGUGUCGGAGCCGUGUGACGUGUUCCUGAACCAUCGGUGCAUGGACACGAAGAAGACGGUGGCGACGUUGAUGUAUGACCAUUUGAAGAGGCACGGGUUCAACCCUUUCUUGGACAACAAGAACAUGAAGCCAGGGGACAAACUGUUUGAUAAAAUCAACAGGGCUGUCAUGGAGUGCAAGAUUGGAGUGGCGGUUCUGUCUCCGCGCUACACUGAGUCCUACUUCUGCCUCCACGAGCUUGCGCUUCUUCUCGGGUGCAACAAGAAGGUCAUUCCCAUCUUCUGCGACGUUAAGCCUUCGCAGUUGCGCGUUGUCAACAACCCUAAGUGGUCCGAAGAUGAACUUCGCCGCUUCAGGUGGGCUCUUGAGGAGGUUAAGUACACCGUCGGACUCACGUUCAACUCCUCCAAAGGGAACUUGUCAGAAAUUGUGAAUAGUGCUUCUGACAUCGUCAUAGGAAGCAUGAUAGAGCUGGAGAAUGAAGAGAGGAUGCAGCGUAAAAACUUGCCAAUUCCUCUUUAG